ACCGCGGUAAAUUGAAGAAGGAAACGAAGAAGACAGACCCGGACGUGCGUCCAAAGCACCUUGAACUGAGCAAUUGUUCCUUUUCUUUCUUUGUUGUUGUGUUUAUUUGUCGUUUGCGUCGAAGAUGUUUGCGUGUUCUUUGUGGCGUGGAAGGACACUGAAGUGGUUGACACGCUCCGAGAGGCGCUUGACGGACACCUGCCGGGCCGCGGGGCCGGUGCGCAUCGGAUGCGCCUCGGGAUUCUGGGGGGACACGGCCACCUCAGUGCCUCAGCUGAUCCAUGGUGGCAAACUGGACUUCUUGGUGUUUGAUUACCUGAGUGAGAUCACCAUGUCGCUCCUCACAGCAGCCAAGGCUAAGGCGCCCAACCUGGGUUACGCUCCAGACUUUGUCCAGGCGGCCUUGGCGCCGUCCAUCCACGACAUCCGCAGGAAAGGUGUGCGUGUGGUCAGUAACGCGGGCGGCGUGAACCCGCUAGCCUGCGCCGCGGCCAUACGGGAAGUCGUCAAGAAGGCCGACCUGGACCUCAAGGUUGCCGUGGUGACGGGUGAUGACCUCAUGGCCCACAGAAGCUGCCUCGCUGAGGUCAAAAUGGCCGACGACGGUAGCACCCGCGCCUUGCCCAAAACGCUACACAGCAUGAACGCCUACCUCGGGGCUUCGCCCAUCCGCCGCUGUCUGGAUCUCGGCGCCGACAUUGUCGUUACAGGCCGUUGCGUGGACAGCGCCCUUGCUCUCGGGCCGCUCCUGCACGCCUUUGGAUGGGGAAAAGGCGACUUGGACCUGCUUGCUGCUGGAAGUCUGGCGGGCCACCUGAUCGAGUGCGGCGCUCAGAGCACCGGCGGGAUCUUCACCGACUGGCACCGCGUCCCAGACUGGGACAACGUCGGCUUCCCGGUGGUGGAAUGUUCCGCCGACGGCUCCUUCGUUCUCUCCAAACCGCCAAAGACGGGCGGCCUGGUGGCGUUCGGCACGGCGGCCGAGCAGCUGGUGUACGAGAUUGGCGACCCGCGGCGAUACGUGCUGCCUGACGUCAUCUGUGACUUCAGCCGCGUUCUCAUCCAGGAAGUGCCCGGUGUCGAGGGCGGCGCCGUGAAGGUGAGCGGCGCCAAAGGCUUUGCUCCGCCGCGCGACUAUAAGGUGUGCGCCACCUACAUGGACGGCUUUCGCGCAACCGCCGUGUGUCCGCUCGGUGGGCCGAGAGCGGCGGAAAAGGCCCGCAGGACCGCUGAGAGCAUCAUCAAAAGGACGAGGCGCAUAUUCAAGCAUUUGCAUCUGGAGGACUUCACAGCCGUCAACAUCCAAGUUCUGGGAGCGGAGGACACGUACGGCGCCAACGGCUCCAACAAAGACGCCAGGGAGGCGGUCCUGUGGUUGGCCGUCCGCCACGAAGACAAGAAGGCGCUGGAGGUCUUCUCCAGAGAGAUCGCCCCCGCCGGGACCGGCAUGGCUCCCGGACUGUGCGGCAUCGUGGGCGGGCGUCCCCGAGUGUCGCCCGUGCUGAAGCCGCUCUUCUUCUACCAUCCCAAAUCUCAACUCCAGCUGGACAUCCACGUGGACGGACAGUGGGUGGAGUCUCUCUCGGAGGCGGGGCCUGACACGCCCGAGCAGGAAGUCCCUCCCGAGGGGGCUGAGGAAGCGCCUGACGCAGAUCUUCCUGGCGGGCCGCACUGCUACACGCUGGAAGAACUGGCCUACGCCAGGAGCGGCGACAAAGGAGACUCCGCCAACAUCGGAGUGAUCGCUCGUCACGCCGGCCUCUUCCCCUACCUGAGGAAACACCUGACUUGCUCUGUGGUGGAGGAAUACCUGGCCCACCUCUUCCCGGCGGGCACGCACGGCGCCGUGACCCGAUACACUCUGCCAGGGAUCAACGGACUCAAUUUUGUCUUGAAGAAUUCACUUGGUGGGGGAGGGGUGGCGUCCCUGCGCAGUGACCCCCAGGGAAAAGCCUUGGCUCAGAUGUUGCUGGACUUGAAACUCCGUGGACUUCCCGACCUCGCGCCCCUGCUCGGUUAACAGGCGCACACGCUCCGUUUUAGCAACGGAGGACUCGACUGUCAGCUCGGAUCACGACCUCAGCGGACUUCAUCGGAGCGGCGACCUCUCGCCUCGCUCUGUGGAAUGUCCCUUCCUCCUUAAUUGCAAACAGGCCCUCGGUCGUCACGGCGACCGCUGCCAGGUCGGCCCCCCCCUCGCGUUUCGGGAGAACUCUUGAAUUCCUCGGAUCGCGGUGAAGAAGGUCCCGGUGCAUAUUGAGCGUUCAUUAAACGUGUCCGUCAGCGGCAGGAAAUAAAAGGUGUCGACGUGUCCCGCC